CUUUCCGUGUGCGGCACUGAUGCUGGGGAAGAGGUUAGAAACUUCAGGGUCCUGGGAGGGGGCUGGGCAGGGAAGGGCGAGGUGAACGCGAGGACUUUGUUCUUGAGAGGAGGGCAGGGAGGGCGUGCGCGGUCCCCGGUCUGCAGGGGGAAAUGCACACGUGCACAUGUACACACAUGCAUAUCCAUGCGUGCACACGCAUCGAUAUGCAUAUGUGUACAUAUGUGUGUGCAUGCGCACACCCACACGUUCACACACAUACACAUCCAUGCAUGUGCACCCAUGUACACAUGCACACAUGCGUGCGUGCACACUUACACAUCCAUGCAUGUGCACCCGUAUACACGCGAGCACACACACAUCCAUGCAUGUGCACGCACACGUAUACUCACACAUCCCUGAUGAGAAUAAGGGGCGGCUCUGUCCGUGCGAGGCCCAGGGCUCUGGUGGAGCCCAGCGUGCUUCUUGUCCCCACCCCGGCCACUGGGCGGUGUCCCUGGCGAAGACGGCUGCUGGCGGAAGCGGGCUGCAGGGUGCCGGGCGGGCGGCUCUGCCUUUCCCGUCUUGUUCCCGACUCCCUCCACGGGCAGCGCCCCUUUGGCCUCCGCGUCUGCCCCGUCACCCUGAGCAGCCCCUCUCCCACGGCCUACGGCUUCUCAGGAGGGAGGGCAGGGCUGGGGAGGGGCCCUGAUGUCGCCUCUGUCCCCAGCCUUUGUUCUGGCGCUGAGCUCUGCCGAGCUCCACCCAGCACGGGAGACUUCAGCCCACUUCCUGUCGGUCCUUAUCUCCCGGCACACCUUGCCUUCCGUUAGGGGAUCAGUUUAUCCGCUGCACUGGGCCCUUUGUUCCUGCAGCACAGGACGCGGGGCCCCAGGAGCGGGGCCCUUCCCGCAGGGGACCUGGGUGCCCAGGCUGGCGCAGGUGGCAGGCAGCGAGCGCCGGGAGAUGCCCCGCCCCCACCCUCCCCGAGCCGCCCGGCCAGCCGCUCAUCUGUCUGCCGCGCUCCGCGGCCGCCUCCCUCCUGCC